AUGAGGGGGCCUACUUUGUGUAGUCUUGCAGCAGUAUUACUGCAUAGCACAUACCAGAACCCAAUCCGCAGGCCUGGGCCGGACCCAUCCAUGGUCUACGCGGAUGGCUAUUACCACCUAACUUACACAAGUUACGACCACAUCGAGAUCACCAGAGCCGAGAAGAUCUCGGGUCUUCUCACUGGAGAGCCGAAGACCAUAUGGACCGAUACCAAUACAACCCGCAGCGCCAACAUGUGGGCCCCUGAAAUCCACCACAUCGACAACGUCUGGCAUAUGUUCUACUCCUCCUGCGACGCUGAUCUGACAUGUUGCGACAGCUGUCAGCCGCGUGUUCUGCGAGGAUGUGAUGGACCCAACCCGUAUGACUGCGAAUAUAGUUUUCUGGCAGACUUGGUCCCGCCUGUCGGGUUUCAAGGUGGACCGGGGAAGAACUUCUCCUUUGGCAUUGAUGGAACAUAUCUCGAAAUCGAAGGAAAGGGCCGGUACCAUGUCCUCAGCGCCAUCGGGCCCAACACCACGGCAGCGAUCCAAACGAUCCAGAUUACCGAGCUCGACACCACUACUUGGUCGGUCAAGGGGUGGAACAUCAUUUCCGAGCCCGACCAGGCUUGGGAGAUGAACACGACGAACUCGUCACCAAGUAGCAUUGUGGCUGUGAAUGAAGGGCCUCAUCCAUUAUACCAUGGUGGUGAGAUUUGGCUCUCAUAUUCUGCUUCAUACUGCGGGACACCAAACUAUGCUCUUGGUCUGCUCCAUUAUGCUGGAGGAGACCCGCUGCAGGCUUCUUCCUGGACUAAGAAGGGUCCUGUGUUCUCACAAGCCAAUGGCAACUACGGCACAGGACACAACUGCUUCUUCAGGUCUCCAGAUGGCAAAGAGACAUGGAACGCAUUUCAUGCGACGUCUAACUCAAAAGGCUCCUGUGGAACAGAUAGGUAUACGAUGGCGCAGAUUGUCAAUUUUGACAGGGGGAACAAUCCGAGUCUCGGCAUCCCGCAGCCCCUGGAUGCUGUUUUGCGGGCGCCGAGCGGAGAGUAGUGUUCCUAGUAGCUUCUGGAUAAGCUUUUAUGGUGAUAGUAUCGG